AUGACUGCUCGCCUCCUCCUCGUCCUUUCCAUCGCCGCCCAGGCCCUCGCUUCCGCCCUCGAAGCCGAUCUCCCUCCGUCGCAGUCCAUCGCCAACGCUUCGCGACCGACACCCAUUACCAAGAGCGCCUCGCUUCCUCGAGUGCACCUCAACCGCCGCCGGCACCACCAGCUCUCGCACGACUCGCAUGCCAUCUCCAAGCGGCAGGUCCGCAACCCGCAGGAGGCGGCCAAGCGCUGGGAGAACAGGGAUGAGGUAGCGAUUGCGCGGAGGGCAGCACCGUCCGCGACGCCGGUGGUUUGCCAGAACUCGGUGCCGGCUUGGGGACAGUGCGGCGGGAUGUCGUGGACGACGGAUACUUGCUGCGUUGCCGGCUACAUCUGCGUCUACUCGAACCCGUACUACUCGCAAUGUCAGCCUGGCACGGCUUCCUCCUCGUCCUCAUCAACCGCAUCGACUUCGAGUUCAUCGGUCUUUGUCCCGCCUUCGACAUCGUCCAUACUCGCUGCGUCGCCGACGCCGUCAUCGACUGCUUGCGUCGGAAUGUCGGUUGCCUACGGUCAAUGCGGCGGAAUCAACUACGUUGGCGCGACCUGCUGCCCGGGUGGCUGGACAUGCCAGUACUCGAACGACUACUACUCGCAAUGUCUGCCCGGACCGUCAACCAGCUCCUCCUCGAACCCGAUUUCGGCCCCGUCUUCGACCCCGUCCUCGACCAAAGUCUCGAGUCCCUCUGCUCUCUCGUCGUCUUCUACCUCUUCCAUCGCCCCCAUUCCUACGGCCGGCCCGUACGGACAGUGCGGCGGAACCGGCAGCUCAGUCUCGCUCUGCCCGUCCGGCUUCACCUGCGCCUUCGUCAACUCGUAUUACUAUCAGUGCCUCCCGAUGGCCUCGACCGCGACCUACACGACGGUCACGACGGCCUCUUUCACCACAAUAACUCGUUCCGCCUCGUCGUCCUCCGCUCCUUCCUCGACGUCCGCAACUUCAACAUCUUCGUCCGCGACGCCGUCCUCGAGCUCAUGCACGGGCAACGCCGGCGCGUACGGCCAGUGCUCGGGCUUCCUGUGGUUGAACUACUCUUGCUGCCCGAGCGGUUACGAAUGCGUUUACUCGUCCAUCUUCUACUCGCAAUGUCUCCCAUCUUCGUCCACCACGAGCGCUUCGACCAGCUCGUCUCCAAGCAGCACGUCCAAGGCCAGCUCGACUUCCUCUUCGUCCGCAGCGCUCCCGUCCGCCUCGCCCAGCGCCUGCAACAACCUCUGCAACGCUGCAUCGACCGGCAGCGAUGGCUGCACGCCGUACACCGUCUCCUACUCCGGCGUCACCCUUCCCGCCGGCUCUACCUUCCAAGACAACGGCCACGUCAACUACCAGGCGAUCCCGAAGUCGCAGUACCUCCCCGGCCAGACCUACAAGAACCGCCCUGCGUCCUGGACUCCCCAGUCUUUCGGCGUCCACUUCGAGUCGCUCAACAAUCAGCCAUCGGGCGUCUACAUCGGUCGCAACUUCAUGGACUUUGGUGCGGCUGCUGCUGCGUUUCCGAGCGGAUAUUGCGUCGUCUGGGUUCAGCUCGACAACUACAACCAGCACUUCGGCGAGGGCGGACAAUGUCCCAUCUGCACGCCUUGA